AUGCCCCCAAGAAUCCACAUCAUCCGCCACGCCCAGGGCGAACACAACAUCAACGACGCACAUCAUCUCCGUGAUCCCCUUCUCACUGCAAUCGGCAAGCACCAAUGCCAGGACCUCGCAGAGACAUUCCCCUUCCACAAUGAUAUCUCCAUCAUCCUUGCCUCGCCUCUGAAGCGAACGAUACAAACAGCCGCUUAUGUGUUUUCGUCCACAUUGGAGAAACGCCAAAUCCCACUUCUCUUAGCACCUAUGGCUCAGGAGAUAAGCCAUUUACCGUGCGAUCUGGGAUAUGAGCGUGAGAUUGUUCUAGAGGAGGGACCGAAGUUGGUCACCCAAGCGGCACCGGGGUAUGAUGUUGCAAAGUUGGAUAUGAGUUUGGUGGGUGAUGAUUGGAAUGCAAAGAAAGGAAUCUACGCAGCCACAGUCUCAGCCGUCCGCCAACGCGCAUUCCAACUCAGAGCAUGGCUCUAUCAGCGUCCGGAAAAACACGUCGCGUUGGUUUCUCAUGGUGGAUUCUUACACUACCUCAUAGAAGACUGGUCAUCGUAUGACAUAUCCCGCGGGACGGGAUUUUCAAACUGCGAAUGGCGACAGUAUGAGUUUACUCGUGAUUCGAAUGGACGUGAAGCGCAUCUGACAGAGAGUGGGAGUACGCGUGAGAAACAGGAUAUGCCAGCUGGUGUAGAUGCGCAUAUUAUCCAUGAGAUAGAGGGGGUAGAGAAGGUGCGGUGUGUUGGGCUGGUUGUUUGA